UAUGAUUUUUGCCAGCUAAAUAGAUCUCUUCAGGAUAGGAGACCUUCUGCCAGAGAGAAACCUGAGGCGGAAUUUAAGCAAAAGAUGGAUGGCUUGAUAUCAGAAAUUGAAAAAAAUGCCCCAAGCUUGAAGGCCCUGUAUCAAUAUGAGGCUCUGCGUGAGAAAGAAAAAGUAGUCACUGAAGAGUUUGAAGCAGCCAGAAUGGAAGAGAAGCAAAUAGCUGAUGGUUACAAUGCAGUAAAGCAGAGAAGGGGAUUAAUCCAGCUUGUCAACCUAGUCAAGCCAUCUACUCUUUGUACCAAAAUCCUUCACUUGAUAUGAAAAAGAGCAGCAAUCGUCAGUUGGGCGGGACGGCAUAUUUGAGCUUAGAAAAUGAGGACGAUCCUUUUCUACAUGGUAUUGAAUACACUGCUGUGCCCUCACAAAAGCGUUUCCGAGACAUGGAACAGCUCUCUGGUGGAGAGAAGACUGUUGCAGCGCUGGCAUUACCAUUCUCCAUCCACAGGUAUGUCCUUGGAUAUCAGCGAACUGUUUCUUAACUGUAACAGUUAUCUAUUUUUCUCGAAAUUUGACGUUGCAUGGUUACUAAUACCUUUGCUUCCUUCUCUCAUUUCUGUGGUAAAACUGCAAGUUCUUGGCUCAUUAUGUAAAACCAGGCGACCAAUUAUCUAAUAUCCAGGAUUGGAUUUUAUCUGUUGAUGUAUUUGAUGACCUUAGGAUUGGAUAUGAAUCUGCUGAUGAUUAAUGAAUCAAGGCCCAAGAAAUUUCAUAGCGUAGCA